AGCCGUAUGCUGAUUUGAGAGACAGAGACGGUUAGUUUGCUCCCAAACCCCGUCAGUCUGUCAGUGGUCUGGUAAUGCCAACGCGCCUCCUCGCUGCUCACGCGCUCACGCACACAGAGCAGAGGGUUCCGGUGGCGUGAGCUGGAACAAUCCACUGAUGCCGCUUCUUCGUUUAGGUGCUUAACUGCUCCUUAAAAACGUCGAGGGAAUCUCUUGUCCUCCGACGUUGGGUUUUUUCUUCGUUUUUUUUUUUUUUUGGUUUGCGGGUUUAGACACAGGAUUGUUUUGUGAUGGGUGGUGGAAACGAAUCGUGGAUUUUUUCUCUUUUUAUGGAGACCAAAGUGAGCAGAUUUCCUACUGUUGAAAGCAAGUUUUAUCCUGAUAAGAAGCAAAUGGUGGUACAGAGGAUUCUUUAGGGGCAAAGGAUACCUACUCAAGAGAAUAACACUUUUCACACAACGUUUUCCCGAGAGAAAGAGGGUUUUCUGGUCCGCGACAUUGGAUUUUACAUUUUGUUUGACUGACGCAGCAUCGUUUUGGAGUAUCUUAUUUGGAGAAUCCAGUCAUUUUAUUCUACAUUUUGGGGAAGAAACUAUCUUAAAAAGAAGAAACCCGGACGUGAAGAAGUUAUGGAGAUGCCAAUGAAAUAAAACCUGUUUCUCCAGGUCAAAUGACCGCUUCCACUCGUUCUCCAAUCUGACCACCUUAUUUAUGACAUGGAAAAACGGGGACUCCACAGCGUCCUUUAUUAUUUCAUUCUGAAUGCGCCCCUGCUAUUCUGUGUAAAUGCCACAUUUACUGAAGUGCCCAAAGAUGUGAGUGUCGGUGAGGGCGAGGACAUAGAGAUGCCGUGCGCUUUUCGAGCCGUCGGAGUCUCGCCGUUCUCUCUGGAGAUUCAGUGGUGGUACCUCAAGGAAGCGGCACCUAAAGAGCUCGCUCACGAACUGCAAAUUAGCGCUCCGGCCAACAGAGCCAAGGUUGCCCACCGGGACGCCACGAAAAUAAGCACGGUGAGGGUCCAGGGCAACGCUAUUUCCCACAAGCUCAGCCUAUCGGGUGUGCGGAAGGAUGACGAGGGAGUGUACGAGUGUCGGGUUUUGGACUUGUACUCUGAUGAGACUCAGGAAUACAAGGUGCAGGCCACUCUUCGCGUGACACCGCGCGAGGGAAUGCUGGCCGAGGAGGCAGUGUCUCACAUCCAGAACCGAUGGCCACUGAGGAACAGCAACACAGCGACGGGUGGACGGGCCACUUCUGAGCCGGGCCAGGGUCAAGGAAAACCCCGCAUGCCUCCGCCGGUUGGAAUAGGACCCGCUCCCCCUUCAACGACUACGACGGGCUCUGCAGACAAAUCGUCAGCUUCGCCUCGGCCGGGCAAUUCAUCUAUCCUGAGACAACAGCACGGAUCCGGUUCCGGAACCAUGGCAAUCACUGAGCCACUCCUUUACAUCACACUGCUGAUCCUGUAUAAGCUCCUCCCCUUCCUGUUUGCCUACUAAGAGACCACAGCCAAACAACUCGCAAUGAUUUAACUUUAUGUACCAAACGAACGAAGGGAAAAUAUAACUACGUAUAUAUAAAUAUAUAUAAAUAUAUCUACCAUUAUGGCACAUCACGGUGAGGGAAGGGAUUUGACUUUGAAGAAAAUAAAAAUAUCAGAAUAAUAAAGAGAAGGUCAUUUUGUUUUCUGGGACUUGUGUAGAAGAUCUGUCCAGAGUUGGAGGUAAAAUGGAUUCUAUAAGAAGCAUGAUGAAAAAAAAAAAAAAUUAAAAAGGAGUCUAUGUGAAUUAGAUGUUCACAACUGUGUCACACACACAACUGACAUCCAUAAACACUGCAUUCAGUUUCCAAAUACUAGUGUUUGCCUUGCUAAAUGCAUGGCUCUCUUAAUUUAUUAUUUUUAUUAUAAUUAUUAUUUCUAUACGUUUUUUUUUCACUACGGUUUUAAUUUUAGCAUUGUUCUUAUUGGAGUAGCUGAUACUGAAUCAUAAACAACUUGUUCUUUUGACUUUGCGUUGUUGAUGGUUUAUUUAUCAUUUAAUCAAACUUUAAUCCAAUUUUUUUUUUUUUUUUUUUUUUUUGCAUGAGCUGUUCAGCUUUCAUUUUUCAUUUCAUUAAUGUGAAAGAAGGCGCUCUCUCAUGUCAGUUCUUUCUACAAGACUGUGUGUAAUACUGUGUAUUCAGUUCCCUCACAUCUGAUUCUGAGUUCCAGCAUUAUUGUCUCAUAAUGUAUAAAACUGCAACCUUAUAUAUUUUGAUCAAAUAAGGCACAUGUUACCAUAGUUGUUGUUAGUCACCUCUAAUAAUGUUUAUUUUUAUUAAAGGUAUGGUGGUCAAGAUAAGACAUUCAUUUAUAAAAUUAAAAAAGAAAAAAAAAAGACAUUGGUAUGUUGCCAGCACAGUUGAAAUAAAAGUUGUUUCUUUAAAAAAAAAAAAAAAGAAAAACCUUCUUUAGGUUUUUACAUCUGAAAGGCACAUUAUUUUUUGUUUUAUGCAAGUGCACUAACACCAGGCAGCUGCAUGACGGCAGUGUCUCGGCUAAACACUUCAGCGUCCCACGGGUGUCAUGAACUGUAAUGUAUUGUUCACAAUAGGAUAGGCCCAAUUCCAGCUGAAAAACACAUUACUCUCGCUAGCAUCUCCAACUGAGCACAGCUGGCGUACAACUCAUGGUUCAUUUCAUUAGUCAAAUGCACGUCACCCUGUCAAAUAACUCUUAACUCUCUGCUGCGGUCUUCACUGAACCCUGCUCCACUCUCUUCCGCUCUACCUAAACACAUCUCCUGAUGAAUGGCAGAGGCAUUGUUCCUUUCUAAAACACUGCAUUCUAUUGUCUUAAUGGAAGCCUGCGAGGCAUCACAUAACAAACCAGCCUCUCACUGACUUAGACAUUCAUUGUGUUUAUCGCCUGCAAGUAACUGACUUUCACUCACUUCGAAUUUAACAUGCACAAUGAAAAGUCAUCUUCCUUUCAAUGGAAUAAAUAACCAUUUAUACAAACAUAAAUGGAUCCGACGGGUAAAAACGAGCAUCCAACGAGUGAGUUGCCACAAUAUUAGCAUUUUUUUUUUUAAACAAAAUGAGCCAGGUGGCUUUUAUUCUUCAUGGUGAAGGUCUCUGCUCCAAUCAAAUUAAUGAGUGUUUGACAUGGCCAUUUGUAUGUGUUAUACAACACCCGACAAGGCCCUGAGUGCUUUCCCCACUGCUGUAAAUCAUCCCUCAUUCAAGUAAACUAACACAGCUCUCUCUUA